UCGACGGUGGCUCAGAAGAGCGCGUAGGAAACCGCGGGAAGGGGUUGAGAGAUUUGAGGGAGACCCGGAGGAAAGGGGAGAAAAGAGAGGAGUCUUGAGAUCGGAGUUCCAUGUCAGGAGCUGACCGUAAAGAUGGCGUCGGAGUUUCUAGGAACCUGAAGUUCAGAAUAAACCACAGACCGAAUCAAGGGCAGCAGUCCAGCUUCCCCAACUCUCAGUUCAUCGCUCCCUGAAAGUGUCCGCUGGGGCGGCCCUUGAGCCCUGGAAGCUUUUCCAGGAGAGAGCCGGGGACUCGGGGACUGGAGGGGGCGGGGACGCGGAGAGAAAAGGUGAGGGAGAGAAAUACACCUGAGGAAAGAUGCGUUCGUGGAAUCCGAAGAGCACGUUCCGUCCCCCGGGGCCUUGGCUCUUGCUGUUCCCUUUUCCUGCGGCCUGAGACGAGCUCAAGUCUCUGCUCGUGGGUGACCUCGGAGACGACUUCUCUGACGUGCUGUAUCAUUCCACCUGUGUUUUAAGUACUAUGAUUUACCAAAGCUCUUAUCUCACCACCCGACAUGAAUCCAGGGAUUUUUAACUUGGACUCUGACCCAGGAGCGGGCUUCCGGAAGUCUGUGAACCUCCCGAAAUGUCCUGUAAAAUUUAGUAGGGCUUCCCCGGCGGCUCAGCGGUAGAGAAUCCGCCUGCAAUGCAGGAGACCUGUAGGAGACACAGGUUUGAUCCCUGGGUUGGAGAAGCUCCCCUGAAGGAGGAAAUGGCAACCCACUCCAGUAUUCUUGCCUGGAGAAUCCCCAUGGAUAGAGGAUCCUGGUGGGCUACAGUCCAUGGGGUCGCAAAGUCGGACGUGACACAUGGUUCGCACACGCCAUCUGCACAUUUUUCUAGGAAGAAACUCAAGGUGGCUCUCUCUAGAGCAACGGGUGUGUAAUAGUCUUUUAAUUGUGGAUCCUUGGGAGUUUGCAUUGUUCUAAAAAGUAGUAUCUAGAGCUUGCCGAAAUUCCAGAAAGAGAAGAUGAAGACUUGGGUUUUUAAAUCCUUUUUUCGUGGCAGCCUCUCAAAAUUCCGGAAUAAGAACAGCGAUCAGCAACAUGUCCUGAGACAUCUACCUAGGGCAUAUCAGAAAACAAGCUCCUUUGGGGGAAUCUUUUCAGACUUGGUCAUUUCUUCAGUGCUUUGUGUUUUCAGGAAGAAAGGAGUGUGCCUUGCUAGGAUGAACAAAAGACAUGAAGUGAGUGGGAGUGGCUUGUUACUAGGUUUGCAAGGUUGGUUGGUCCCAUUCUGCCUCACCCCCACCACUUACUGACCUGUCAUCUUACCAAGUGAAUUGGAAGAGGAAAGUAACUUGAUUAUAUCAAAGAUGUUUCCUAAUGCUGCACUCAGAUUUUGUGACCUCAUCCUGUGUUCACUUAGCACUUACAUUUUGCUAAUAUUUGAUUUUGGAGUCCAUAUGAAUAGAAACAGUUUCCUGGUUCUGGUAAAUUGACAGAUCCCACUGUCAUCAGUCACAAUCCUAACACCUGUGUACUAUUGUCAACUAUGUUUCAUCUCCAAGUCAAACAGUGCCAUGUAUGCUCAAUACUAGUUUCCAAGUGGCAUGAUACUGUUGAAAGAUCAUCGACUUAAAAAUCAGAAUAUUAGAGCCCAGUUCUAGCCUACCAGAUUCCUUAUAUUUCAUGGAAGGAGAGGUGGGUAAACUUAAGAAUAGUGAAGACAACAAGAAAUUAAUCCAGAGCUUUCCUCAUAUCUCAGAACCUGUCCUCAGUAAGAAUGUCGGAUAGGGUUGACUGGUUACAAAGCCAAAAUGGAGUAUGCAAAGUUGACAUCUAUUCCCCCGGAGACAGCCAACCCCAAGACUGGAAAAUGUCGGAUGAGUCCUUGUCUGCUUUUAAGGAAGCCUCACACGAUCCCAUCAGAGUGCUCAGCUGGCUCCGCAGAGACCUGGAAAAAAGCACAGCAGGAUUCCAAGAUGUUAGGUUCAAGCCGGGAGAAUCAUCGCUCGGCAGGGAAAUGGUCAGCCAAGGAGACCCGCGCAAAGGAUUCUGCGUGGACUAUUACAACACUACCUCCAGGGGCAGUCCAGGGAGGCUGCAUUUUGAGAUGAGUCACAGAGAGAACCCCUACCAGGGCCCCAGCAUGCACACCGGCAAUGGGAACUCCAUAGAUGAAGUCUCCUUCUACGCCAACCGCCUCACAAAUCUUGUCAUCGCCAUGGCCCGCAAGGAGAUCAACGAGAGGAUUGACGGCUCUGAGAACAGGUGUGUCCACCAGUCAGUGUACAUGGGGGAUGAGCCCCCACCCACCAAGAGCCUGAGCAAAGUGGCGUCGGAGCUGGUAAAUGAGACCGUCACCGCGUGCUCCAAAAACACCCCAUCAGAUAAGGCUCCGGGCUCUGGUGACAGAGCCUUGGGGACAUUACAGAGCCCCCCAAAUUUAAAAUACAAAAGCACUUUGAAGAUCAAGGAGAGCACCAAGGGAGGCAGGGGUCCAGACGACAGGCCUGACUGUAAGAAGUCUUUCUUCUACAAGGAAGUGUUUGAAUCUCAUAACUCGGGCGAUGCCAAAGAGGGAGGAAGGACCUUACCGGCGGAGAGAAAGAUGUUCAGAGGGCAUGAAAGGCCCAAUGACUUCACAGCUUCCGUCAGUCAAGGGAUCAUGACCUACGCCAACAGCGUGGUGUCCGACAUGAUGGUAUCCAUCAUGAAGACCCUGAAGAUCCAGGUGAAGGACACGACCAUUGCCACCAUCGUGCUAAAGAGGGUCCUGAUCAAGCACGCCAAAGAGGUGGUCUCCGACCUCAUCGACUCCUUCAUGAAGAACCUCCACAAUGUCACGGGGACCCUCAUGACGGACACGGACUUUGUCUCGGCCGUGAAAAGAAGCUUCUUCUCUCAUGGAAGCCAGAAGGCCACAGACAUCAUGGACGCCAUGUUGGGGAAACUCUACUCGGUGAUAUUUGCCAAGAAAUCCCCUGAGACAGUCAGGAAAACCAAGGAUAAGUCUGAAAGUUACUCCCUCAUCUCUAUGAAAGGGAUGGGUGAGCCUAAACACCGAAACGUCAACUUCACCUCCAUGAAAUCAGAAGGUAAAGUGAGGGAGAAAGUAUGCACCCCCACACCUAAACCUGAGAAGUCCUGUAUGGAAACUCUGGGGGAACACAUUAUCAAAGAGGGGCUGACCCUGUGGCACAACAGCCAGCAGAAGGAAGGCCUGUCUGCAUGCUUCCAGGGUUUACCCUUCGUAACUCCCAACAGACAGCAUAAACCUGUGCCGGACUUUCCCCUGCACUGCCCUUUUGACCCCUGCAACUUCAGCCUCCCUGUGCAGUGCCCAGAAAAACCUGAGAAUUUUAUGUGCGACUCAGACUCCUGGGCCAAGGACCUGAUUGUGUCUGCCUUACUUCUGAUCCAGUACCACCUGGCCCAGGGAGGUAACAUGGAUGCACAGAGCUUCCUCGAAGCUGCUGGCACCUCCAACCUGUAUCCCACUAAGUCCUCAGCCGUUUCCCAUGAGUCCAGCGUCCGGUCUCCCCAAGUGGGAGCUGACCCAGAAGAAGUGGAAAAGAAGGACCUAAUGAGCAGUUGCUUCAACUUUAUCCGGAACUUGCUCAGUGAGACCAUUUUCAAGAGCGACCAUAGCUGUGAUCCCAAGGCAACCAAGGAAGACAACAGCCCCCAGUGUGAAAGACCCGUAACCCCUUCUCCCACCAAAUCAAAUGAAUGUGAUGAGCCUGGGGGUGCCUUUGCGGGGCUCACCAAGAUGGUGGCUAACCAGCUUGAUGGCCACAUGAAUGGGCAGAUGGUAGACCAUCUGAUGGACUCAGUGAUGAAGUUGUGUCUCAUCAUUGCCAAGUCCUGCGACUCUCCGUUGGCAGAACUGGGAGACGACAAGUCCGGGGACGCCAGCAGGCCAACGUCAGCCUUCCCGGAGAGUUUAUACGAGUGUUUAUCCACCAAGGGCACAGGGACGGCAGAGACGCUCCUGCAGAAUGCCUACCAGGCUAUCCACAGUGAACUGAGGGGUCUAUCCGCACAGCCCCCCGAAGGGUGUGCAGCACCCAAGGUGAUCGUCAACAACCACAACCUUACCGACACAGUGCAGAACAAGCAGCUCCAAGCCGUUCUUCAGUGGGUAGCCGCCUCUGAGCUCAACAUCCCGAUUCUGUACUUGGCCAGUGACGAUGAAGAAAUCCAGGAGAAGCUACCUCAGCUCUCGGCAGCCGCCCUGGAAAAGGGGUGCAGCGUAGGUAAGGUUCUACAGUCGGUGCUGCGGUACGAGAAGGAGCGACAGCUGGACGAGGCGGUGGGCAACGUCACACGGCUGCAGCUGCUGGACUGGCUGAUGGUGAACCUGUGAUAGGGGCCCGCCGCCGCCCCUCCUUCCCGCAGUGGGCCCCGCCCUCGCCCCGCCCUUCGUCCUCACUGCCGCGGCCCCCACUCCCGCCUCCUCACAGAGCCCCAACAUUAUCUUCAUACCACUCACGUCUAAGACACGUCAUCGUGCGCUAGUCCCUGGAUUUUGCAGAUAUUCUUGUCCAUGCG